AUGGACUCUCAGACCUUGGUGGCCGUUGGCGUCACCGCGGCGGCGGUCAUCAUAGUUUCGAUGACCGCUUCUCGAUUUUUUAAGGCCGCCCAAGCCACCGAACCCCCGUCUCUCACCCCAGCUAGUUUCCCAGAACCGCCAGAUUACGUUAAACGCUUGGCAUCGGAACUGCCGGAUAGCGUCGUGUUUCCUCGCGACACGGAUGAAUUUCAGCAGGUCUUGGGCCGUUACUGGAACCAGAUAAAUAGGGAAACGCUCCCUGUGUGCGUGGUUCGCGCUAAGACCGCCGAGGAGCUCAGUGUCGUGGUAAAACACCUCAAGUCCGAGUUCGCGGAGAGAAACAAUCCGCGCGGCCAAUCUUUGUUUGCCAUCCGGAGUGGAGGCGCCAAUCCUGCCUGCGGUCUUUCUGGCGUAGAGAAUGGCGUCUUGCUGGACCUCUCGUUGCUCUCGGAUGUUGUGUUUUCCGAAGAUGGAUCCAGGGUUGAUGUUGGGCCGGGAGCUUACUGGAUUGAUGUUUGCCAAAAGGCCGAAGAGAGAGGCCUCGCCGUUGUUGGCGGCCGUUCCGCCCCAGUCGGCGUAGGUGGUUCAACAUUGCAAGGAGGAAUGUCGUUUUACUCGCCGAAGCGUGGGUUCGUCUGUUCCAACGUCAUCAGCUACGAGGUUGUGCUUGCCGAUGGCUCGAUUGUCACCGCCUCGGCGGACCAGCAUCCCGACCUAUGGCGUGCGCUAAAGGGCGGUGGCGGGAACUUUGGAAUCGUCACCCGCUUCACCAUCCCAGCGUUUCCCGCCGGCAAGAUGUGGACGGCCUCCCUGCUAUCUCCGGGCUUUCGGGCGGCCACGAGCCUAACGGCCUUCCACGAUUACGGAAAGAAUGCGACGUCUGGCGAGCCGGGCGCUUUCGACGAGAACGCAGCUCCGGUUAUCCUCGCGUUCGUUUAUCUCACCAAGGUGGGACUCUCGCUCUGCAGUACGGCCCUUGCGUAUACCGAGUCGGAGAGCAAGGCGUGGCCCGAACACUUUCGAAAGUCCCCUUUCAAGUCCAUCUGGUGUCUCCAUAAGGCGAUCAAACAAAAGCCACCCAGCCAGGAGAUUAAAGCUUUCGGCGAUAUGUCACCAGCGGGUUCACGCAAUGUCUACACUACCACAACUAUAAAACACGAUUUCAAGACUCUUCAAGACGUAUACACCAUUUGGCGCGAGGCCAUCCCUUCCAUCAAGCACGUGGAGAACUCCAAGUUCGUCCUCGUCUUGCAGCUAUUGCUCCCGCAGUGGCUGAAUAAAGGAGACCCCAACAUACUGGGCCUCGAGGACUGCAAGGACGCUCUCGUCGUUAUCGAGAUCGUCAGCGACUGGAAGGACCCCAAAGACGACGAUCUAGUGCGGGCGACAGCUCGUUGUUGCAUCGAGAAGAUGGAGCAGGUUUCUGAGGCGAACGGAGCAAGCCAUCCUUUUCGUUUCCAAAACUAUGCAGCGGAAUGGCAACGACCGGUGGAAGGAUUUGGGACCGAAAACGUGCGGUUCAUGCAAGGCGUGAGCGCAAAGUAUGACCCAGAUGGUCUUUUCCAGACGGGGAGCGCGAGGGGGUUUAAACUCGAUGCUAGCGAUAAGACGGCGAAAUGA